UUUGAUAUAUUUUAAUUUAAAAUAUAAACAUUGGUCAAAUUUUCAAUUCAUUGAUUAAAUCUCUUAAUUUUUAUAAUUUUAACUAAUAAAAAAUGUUUUCUUAAAAAAAAAACUGUCAUAGAGUAAUUUUAUUAUUCAAUGCAACUGCUACCAGUGGGAUGUGAACACCCUUAAAGACAAAAUUCUGAGUUAUGGUCGAAAGUCAAAGUUUGAGACUUGAUGUCGUAUCAUCAUCAUCAUCUUCUUCUUCUUCUUCAUCAGUCCAAAUUGUGAUGCUGAUUUGAGGCCUUCUUUCUUUCUGAUCCAGCCCCUUCUAUGAAAUGGGUCUGCGUCAUCUCUCAAACUUGAUGACGCCAUUGCCAGAACUCUGUGCCUCACUUUGUCAUGUGAGAAAGUCCGAGCCUUGUUCAUCAGAUUGCAAAGUUUGCCUCAGGAUCUGCCUCACCAAUCCCGAAAACCCUAAUUAUGAUUCUCCUCCACCGCCGCCGCCACAACUUCCCCCUUUCAUUCUAAAUAACGACGGCGCAGAUGAAUCAAGCAGCCACAAAAUAGCCACCUAUUUGUUCCUUGCUCUUGCUAUUCUAACCGUUGCUUUCUUUGUCGUUUGUUGUCGCACCAUCUAUACCAGGUUCAGCUCGAGGAGGAGGGAAUCAUCAAGGCACCAGCCAGAGAACACCGCCGAUGAUGAUUUUGUUGAUGAAGAGCAUGGACCUGUGGUGGAUCACCCCAUAUGGUAUAUCCGCACCCUCGGCCUUCAGCAAUCGAUUAUCAAUGCCAUCACAGUUUGUAGGUAUAAGAAAGGAGAGGGCUUGAUUGAAGGAACCGAGUGUGCGGUUUGCUUGAGUGAGUUUGAAGAGGAUGAAAAUCUCAGACUUUUGCCUAAAUGCUAUCAUGCUUUUCAUUUACCCUGUAUUGAUACCUGGCUUAGGUCUCAUACCAACUGUCCCAUAUGCCGGGCUCCCAUUGUUUCUGACCUUGCAACCGCUAGGUCGGAGUCUAGUUUUGUUGAUUCAAAUUCCUUUGGACAUACCCAUGUGGAAAUUUUGGAAAAUAGUGCUCCUGAUUCUGAAUUAGGAAAUAGGGCAGAGGAAGAGGGCCAAGUGGAGGCUGAAGAUGGAUUUAGGGUUUGUGAAACUGAAACCCCAGUUGAAGAGGUGCCAGGCAUUCUUCCUAGAAGAUCUGUUUCUCUGGAUUCCUUUUCUGUUGCAAAUAUUAAUCGUGCUCUUGCAACAUUGGGAUCUAAUGCUAACUCAAAAAGAGUGCUGGGAGGCGUGGAUGAUGCUGCUGCUUCUUCUUCUUCUUCUUCUUCAAAGGUGGGUUCUGGAAGCGAUUUGGCAACCACUUCCAAAGGCAGCUCCUCUUUCAGGUUAACUAGGUAUCUGCCGGGUGCUCCUGGUUCUUCAAUGAAAAGGUCACAGUCCUAUAAUGGAAAGUACCUUCUGUCCUGGUACGGUCGCAAUCAGAAGAAGCCAAAUGCUCCUCUGAGAAGCUUUUAGUAACAUUAGAAUUGCUACCUUUUGAUAACUACCCGACAAAAAUGUACAUGUAACUCUCUACAAGGUGAGAGCUUCGAUUUUUAAUUACUGCAUGAAGCAACUUAUGUGAUGCUCAAAGUGUAUGUAAAUCUGUAAGUUGCAAAUAAAUACAUUGUUGAAUUUUGCUUA